AUGUCAGCAGAAUUUAUUACGGCUCGUGCAGUUUCUCCAACCAGACAUCACCAUGGUGGGGAUGCAUCCAUAGAUCUAGAUGACAACAACCACCAUAAACCUCACCAUCAUCAUCAUCAUACUCUUUCUUCCAUCUCGACCAGCAGUUCCACUUCUUCAUCAUCAUCAUCGACGACUACUUCCACCUCACCUCUCAUUCCAUCAUCAUCAUCACUUCCAAUUCGUAAUAAUAAUAAUACGUUAGGAUCCUACACAUCCAAUGAACCACGAACAAUCCAUGGUGACCAUGAUCACAAUGACGACCACCUCGAUGAUGUUGAAGAAUAUUCAUCAUCUAUUCCUUCUCCUCCAUUAAAGAAUAUCAAUCGAUGCACUCGAUUAAAUUAUGACACCACCAUGAUACCUACCUAUAUUCAUCAAAUCGAGAAAUAUAUUCAAACAAUAUUGGAUCGAUACAUGUUUUUUGGAGUGACACCCACUCUCACCUAUUCCAUUGUACAACACACACAAAAGAACCAUCAUGCGCAGCGACAAAGUAAUGAAUAUUUAUUCAUUCUCGAACAAGAGAACUCAACAUUGGGUCAUGUUGCUUCUGGUCACACAGUUGGAACCACAACAACACUCUCUCCAUUCAAAUACUUGAAAAAUAAGAAAAAAAGAAAAUCCAAUCAAUACGAAAAUGUCUGUAUUGAAUUUACACUUUCUUUGAAUGGAUUUGUAUUUAGUGAGAGUCAUCCAUUUCAUUUGCAAUUAUUAGAUCAUUUUGCAGUAUUAUUUAAUCCUAAUGCGAGUUCGACUAGUUCCUCGUCACAUGAAAACAAUGAUUUGACACACAGUGGAAUGAAUGAUGAUGCUUCAUCCUCCUCAUCGAGUGGUGGUGGAAAUUCACAUGAAAAUUUACUGAACAAUGUUCACUCGAAUCAUCAUCAUCAUCAUUCACAGCAACAACAAGUGAACACAAGUUCACACUCUUCCAUUCAAUUAUUCAAAAGUAGUGGUGGUGAUGAUGACGAUUUAGAUGCAAGUGUAUUUGGUGAAUAUGGAAUGUAUCGAUUAGAUGUUGGUACUGCAUCUCAUCAUCAUUAUUUAUCUUCAUACUAUUCUUCAAAUCCUCUGAAUUCAUUGGAUUAUCAAUGUAUUUCUAAAUAUGUACAAAAAUGUAUGAUAUUACUGAACUUGCUCAAUAAUGCCCUCAUUGAUUUGGAAAUGAGUAGUAGUACGUUACAUGGUGGUGGUACAAGACAUCAUAGUACUACAGCUCUAAACUCUUCAACAAGUUCUGUAAACAAUCAUGGCACGACUAAUAGUAGUAUUGGACAUUCACCUCCACCUCAUCCAACUUCACAAUCCUUACCUGAUCAUCAUGGUACUGGCAGUAGUAGUAGUAGUAGUAAUACAUUUUCGCGCGCAACCACUACGAGUAGUCGAAAAUUUUCUCAAGAUUACAAAUUUACAGUGCGAAGAGCGGGUGUUCAUGUCUACAAGUGGAAUUUGAGAGAGAACAACAACACUCACACUCCUAUGGAACCACAACAUGAAGCCUCUUCUUCCUCUGCCACGAAUCGAUUAAGCUCGAAAUUAAUUGCCAUGCAUCAAUCUUCUCAACAACGAUCAUCACUGAAUCCACAACAAUCUCAACAACAACAGACAUCUCCUCGAUCUCUUAUUCUCUCUUAUCGUUCAUGCCUUUCUCCUUCUCGAAUCAUUCCAUUUUUGUUACGUCUGACUAAAACUCAUGUGAAAAGAUAUUUAAAAUACAAACAUGUUAUGAAUACUAGUUUUGGAUUGAGUACAAUCAAACAACCUUAUUAUGAUGAUUUAAAGAAUUGGAUAUUUGAACAUUUCAUAUUUUUUAAAUAUACUCAAUACUAUCCAUUUGUACUCUUUUGUGAUAUUUUAAGAUCUUAUAUGUUAGGAAAUAUCACGGCGAAAAAGAUUUGUAAAAUUAAAACCAAUGUCAAGGAAUUGAAAAAACAAGAAAUGAAACAAGAAAAACCGAAACGAAGUCGAAUGAUUACUUUUAGAAGAAAAACGCCACCAUCUUCUCAACCAUCUUCUCAACCAUCAUCCUUCUCUCAAACGAUUCGAUCAUCCAAUGCAUCGGAUCAGAAGAAUGAUGAAACAUCCACGUCCACGUCGAGAGAAUCUACAGAUGUUCGAACACCACAAGAAGAAUAUUCAAUCUUGUUGAAAAUUAUUGAAAUGGCUCAGAAAAAUUAUUUAAUCUACUCUGGAUCACUUUCACAAGAUCAAUUGGAUUGGAAAGAGAGUACAUUGGUGAGAAAUUGUAAUCAAUUAGUGCAUUUAUUAUGUAAAUUAGAUGGAAGUAUCUAUAGUGGAAAUUUGGCAGAAACGAGUGAGUAUGGCCAUACCAAUACUUUGACUACGACUGGUACGACUACGACUGGUACUACUGGUUCUACUGGUACUACUCAUAUGAAUAUUCAUCAUGAAUCUCCAUCCAAUGCAAAUAGUACGACCACAGCCAUGACCAGUUCUACUACUACGACUACUACACUCAUUGAACCCAUUGUACAAUCUUCAUUCAAUAUCUUUUUUGUAUUAUUUUUGAAACAAAUGGAUCUGAGCAUGCAUUCUCAUGAAAAUGAUCCUUUCACACAUCAACAAGAGGUAAUGACACCAAAAAUUCAAAAAAGAAUUAUUCAUUCAAAUGCUACUAUGAAUUCUAGUAGAAAUAAUACUACUCAUACUUCUAUUGAUACUACUAUUAAUACUACUACUAGUACCAAUACUACUACUUUGACGAAUAGUACUACUUUGACGACUAAGAAUAGUACUACUACUAUUACAAAUACUACUACUUCUAAUAAGAAUAGCAACACCAUGAAUGAAUAUGCUCGAAUGGAUGAAUAUCAUAUUCAAUCUCAAACACUUGAAAGAAAACACAUUGAAACACUCUUUCAAUAUGAACAUGAAAUGAUUUGUCGAUUCAUUGAUCACAAGUGCUAUUCUCAACAACAUUGGAGUCAACAAAUCUUUAGAGGAUUUACAUCAAAUUCCAUGAAAUUAUUUGAGAGAAAUGAACAUGUAUUAUUUGAUGCUAUUCGAAUUUGUAAUGUACCACUCAUCAAAAUGCUCAUUUCCAAAUUUGAACAAGUGUUUGGUUCAGAGAGAAUUAUGUAUUUCAUUAAUCAUGAAAAUGAUAAUUGUAUCACACCACUUCACUUGUUACACAUCUUGUAUGGUCGAGUGAUCAAAACGAAUGUACAUUGUCAAGAAAUUAUUUCCUAUUUGGAAAAGAAGGGAGCAAGAAGAAAUGAAUCAUUUGUCAUGGUCAUGAGACCAGUGAGUGGUGGUGGUGGUAGUGUUCAUGGUGUUCAUGGUAAUGGUAAUAGUAGUGGUAGUGGUGGUGUUAGUGAUGAUCAUCAUAGUAAUCAUGGACAAGAGUCAACUUUAAAGAAUCAUCAUGAUCAGCAGCAUGAUCAUCAUGCAACCUCAUCGUACUAUCGUGCAAGACAUACCACCACCACCACAGUAUUGCCCAGUCAUCAUCGAUGGAAUCGAGUACAACAACAACAUCAGCAACAUCAGCACCAACAACAUCAAGAUGGAUCAUUGAAUCAUGUUUCUUCAACCAUAAUGAAUAAUACUAGUAAUCAUCAUCCUCAUACUACCAACAGGCAUACGGAAGGAGGUAAAAUGUCUCAUUCCUACAAUACGAUCAUUUCGAAAAGUAACCUCAUCAUGACCACCACCAUACCAACAACCAUACCAACAACAACAACAAACAAUAACCACAGGACUGCCACUGCCACUUUGACUAGUCUCGAAGUUCCAACAAGAAUGAAAUUUCUUCUCUCUACUCUUGAAUCUCUCGAUAUGGAUAUUUGGAUUCACAUUCUCAGUUAUCGAGCAUUUUCAAUGAGAACGAUCAACUCGUUGUGUGCAGUUUCUACAGAAAUUUUAAAGAAUUUUAUUCAAUGUGAAAGUAUAUGGCAACGUGUGUGUUAUCAUUAUUUUACGAAACAUAAUGUGAAUUCAAGUUUAUUACCACAAUUAGGUAAAAUUGAAAGAAUGUUACAAGAUGAUCAUUUAUCAUGGAGAUAUAUUACUAAAUGUUGGACUCAACCAAGUUAUUUCAAAAUAUUUGCAUUAGAUCCUAAGAAUCGAAUGGAACAUGCACAAUUAUUAGAAAACAAUUCGUUUUUAAAGAAACCACAACGAGGAGAUCAUUCAACCAUCAAAUCCUCUCAUGCAUUGGAACCACAACAACAACAAGAACCACUCGGAGUUUCUGAACCAACUUCUUCUGACUUUCUAAGAGUAUCCACAUCAUCCACAACAAGCACCACGAGUAUACUCAGCGACUAUAAUAAUCAACAAUUAUUGUAUUAUUAUGAGAGAGAUUCGUUUCAAGUAGAAAUGCAUGAUUUUUACAUGUUAAUGGAUGUUAUGAAUCGAGAAGCAUCCAUUUCAAUACCUAAACAAGAAGUAAUGGAACAUUUUAGACAAAAAUAUGGAACAUCUAAAUUGGCCAAAACAGGUAUUCUUUCAAAUUAUAGUAUUUAUUGCAAGAGAUUGAAUGUAGAAAAUCUUUUCACUGCUUCUGCUGCUCUUUCAAAACUGACACUCUCUCAACAAAAAUGGAUUUUUAAUUUCAUUGAAUGCAUUCGAUAUUACUUUGAGAAGAAGAAGGAAUUUCUAAUCAAGACGGAUCGUGAAGAUAUGUUGUGCUAUGAAAUUACACUGACCAACAAUUUUGUAGAGGAAGAACAACAGAGAACGAAUGGAGUGGUUCUCUUGGUGUUUAAUACCGUGACGAAUUGGAUUGGCUGUUUUGAAUGUUAA